AUGCCGACGACGGAACAUGCGAAAGGAGAUAACGACGUGGACUGCGUGGCGUCGGCGAGCCACUACCAGAAGCAGCAGCAGCAGCAGAAACAGCCGCAAGAGAAGGCAGGCGACCGCAGGGCACCCGUAGCAGACAUGAGGCACGAAGUGGCAGACGUUUCAGCCCCUUAUCUUCCCAGGAUCCUGUCUAUGAUGGGCAUGUCGGUUCUGCCAGUAACAUACUGCCUUUUAUCCGUGCUGUUCGCCGAGAUCGUAAAACCGCAAGACGUAGUAUGCGUCUCGGAAGCGUGUCGCUCUACGGCAGAGUUCAUCAAAAGCAGCAUCGACGUGCGCGUCCGGCCGUGCUCCGACUUCUACGAGUUCGUUUGCAGCGGAUGGGAGAGCACGUAUCCGACGGACGCCUACGCCAUGAUUACACUGGUUAACCUAUCGGCGUACAUGCCAAGCGGAACAAACCACCCGCCAAACAUCAUCAAAGCCAUCUCGUUCCACCAGUCUUGCGCGACCUCCUUCGCUGGACCUCCAGACUCCAGCAUCGACGAAAUUAAGAGGUUUCUGACCAGCGACCUCCGCUUCAACUGGCCGACAGUGCUACCGAGCUCGCAGGAAUUCUUCAGGAUUCUCGUGGAGCUUCAGCUGUCCUACCUUAUACACCCGUUCGUCGAAAUGAGCUUUGACAGUGGCAUGAACACUUUGAGGAUGGAGAUAGAAGACCGCUAUCACCCGUGGUAUUUGCGCUACGCAGCCACCUCAAACUUGAACUUCCGCUCGCACCUCAUGGACGACGUACUUGGCGAAGUAUUCCAGCAGACACUGUCCGUGGGCAUAGUCUCGAAAAUAAUAUACGUGGAAGACGAGAUUAGAACAGCGACGACAGGGGACGACGAGUUUUUGGUUCUGAGGUUGAGAGUGCUGUCGCAGGAUUCAUUUCAAGGAAGCUGGCCGCUCUUGCGCGCCCUAGGGAACUAUUUCGAUCCUGCGCAGAAACGACUGCUCAUUAACAAAGUGGUCGCUAGGGUCUCCGAUCUCGCAAUUCUAAAGAAAACGUUGUCCUUGAUGAACGACAAGAGCACCUUGCCAGCCAUGUCUAGCUAUAUGGCCUGGGUGGUUGUAGAGACUCUCGGUCGGCACACGAGCCCGGCUCUCCGCAAGACCAUGAUGGAAACUGCCAAACGCUUCAGUGUUAGCAACGUGACAGAGCACAUUUUUCGCAAGGACGUGUGUUACUACGAGACCUAUCGCCUUUUCCCCUUGGUGCUCGACCGCUAUAUAUACCAAACGUUCGACAAGGGGAUUAUUUCCGAUUGGGAAGAGAUUGUCGCCGAUGCGAAGAGGUACGUGAGGGCUCAACUCGAAGAUCUGUACUGGAUGGACGCCGUGACCUUGAGCAAGAUGCAAGCACGAAUUCGUAAUCUCGUCAGUGAAGUCGGCAUCCUGUCGCGAUUCAGGUACGCAGAUGUCGAGGAGCCCUACACGCGGCUGCCGGAUAUCGACAGCACCAUUCCCUUCACGACCUUGUACGUCAGUGUGCUGGAAAGCCUCAGCCAGUCUCUGAGAGCAAAGUCUUACCGGUACAUUUACCCGCGCGACGUGUGGUCGAUCGUGCCUGUCGUCCGGCACGUCUAUUCCCACAACGUGCUAUUCGUACCUCUGUCUGUCUUUAUGACUCCUCUCUUUGGUACCGAAAACUUCCCUGCGGCGCUGAUCUACGGUUAUCUCGUGACGCAGAUAACGAACGCCAUCUACUACGAAGGCUAUUACAGCAACAAGUACCGAGCCGCAGAGACGUGGAAUCUGCCGACUGAACGCAAGUUCCACAUGUACAUGAAAUGCUACAAUGACGCGUACAACAACGUCACCUAUCAACUGAAGGACCCAGCGCAAAGCUUUUUCCGUUCUGGCGCUUUGCUCAGGGCCUACCAGAUGUUCAGGACCUAUCAAGAUGGUUCCGGUAGCUUUGUGCUACCUGCAGUCGAGCUCACGCCAGUUCAGCUUUUUUUCGUGGGUAGCUGCAUAAACCUGUGCGUUAGGAAUGACGAGAAGAGGGUCAUGCACAAGGCGCUCUGCAAUUGGCCUAUGAGACGCACCAAGAUAUUCCAGCAGGCCUUCAAGUGUCACCACACCGAGGCACUCGCGCAACUUCGGGUCAAUUGUUCCGGGCUCGUCAACGUCAUCAGGUCCCGGUAUCACAACGUGUCCGUAGAGACGAGCUUUCGGUGCACGGACGUAUAA